AUGUCUGCUCCCACGCGAGUCAUCGUCAUUGGCGCCGGCAUCGCGGGCCUCGUCGCCGCAAAGACCUAUUUGCAAGUCUGCAAGCACCUCGGGCGCCCGCUCGAGCUGAUCGUUCUCGACGAAGCAAGGGACUCGGGCGGCGUGUGGACGACAGAGCGCCAUUAUCCGGGCUUGAUGGUCCAGGCCCCAAACGGAUACUACGAGCUGUCCGACUUCUCCAUGGUGGAUGAGGAGCACCCGUGGGACUCGCUGAUCCCGGCCGCCAGAGAACAGGCGUAUCUGGAAUCAUACGCUCGCAGGUUUGAUGUCUACGACAAGAUCCGCUUCUCCACGGUUGUUGUCAAAGUCUCCAAGCGGGAAGCACCAUCACCACCGGGAUGGUUUGUCGAGACUGCGUCUGGGGAAGUACUUGAGUGCGACAAGCUCAUCGUCGCGUCGGGACUGUACUCAAAGCCCAGACCGAUCCCAAUUUCUGUGUCCGCUUACGCCGGCACAGCUGUCCACUCGCGCGACCUGGGCCGCGUGCACGAGCGCAUCUGCAACGAUCCCACCGUGAAGGAUGUCGUCGUGGUAGGAGCCUGCAAGUCGGCCGUGGAGGCAUGCUCCGUCUUCCUCGCCUCCCACAAGAGGGUUCACUGGCUCGUUCGGCCUUCAGACCAGGGCGCGCCGCUGAUCAUCUCCCACCCCGAGGCAAAGCCCAAUCCACUGGCAAUCGCUGGCACAAGGCUGUUUCCGGCCUUUAGCCCGUCAAUGUGGAGCACCAGCGGCUUCUGGUACAGCUUUCUGCACUCGGGACGCUGGAUCCUGGGUACCUGGCUCGUGCAGGGAUUCUUCAAUUUAAUGAGCUGGAUGAUCACGAGGGAGAUACAUUAUGGCAAGAGCCAGAACUCCGCAAAGAUCCAGCCCAAACGGAAGUCCAUGUUCUUCUAUACCACCUACCUUAGUCUGGUUGUGGAGGGCCACCCAUUCUUCGAUGCAUUGCACGAGGAUAACCCCGAGAAACUCACCGUCUAUCGGGCGACACCAGUGAAAUGCGAAGGCAGAGAACUCGUCGUGAAUGAAGAAGACAGUGGACCGAGAACUCUUCCAGCUGAUGCCAUCAUCUGGAGUAUAGGCUGGGAGCCUGGCCUUGACUUCUUUGAGCCGGCGGAAGCAGCAGAAAUUGGCCUCCCUGUGCGUUUGAGCAGCAUCGGUAACAAGAACGAAACGUCGUCUGCACCCGCAAAGGGCGCUGCUCCAAUACAGUCUCCCGUCACGCCAACAGACCUUGAUCUUCCAGCCCUCGAAUUCUACGACGGCAAGGUAAGGAAACUGUUCCCAGCAACGUUAAACCAAACACCUGCUCAACCCCAAGAUCCUACCAGCGCCCUGUUGCACACGCGAUGGGGUCUCUAUCGCUUCCUCAUCCCAUCUAGCCAUUUUGCGAAGGAUGACCGCACGCUCGCAUUUGCUGGCUUCAUAUCCUCUGGUCAGACGGUCGCCACGUCCGAAGUUGGCGCACUCUGGGCCGUGGCGUGGCUUGAAGAUCUCUUCACUCGCAGACCGAUGCCCCUCCUCGAUAGGGUUGACGCCGAUAGAUUUGCCAUCCCGCCGCCGGCUUCAGCAUCAGAGGCGAGACACAAGGAGGAAACAACGGAUGGUCGGGGCCCCGAGGAGCUCAAACUCCUGGCCGAUGCCGAAAUCCGCUUCAAUCAGGCCUUCCAAGAACGCCGCUACGGGCUUCGCGGCGCAAGAUCGCCGGAAAUGAUCCUAGAGGCACGAAGCUACAUCGACAUGUUGUGUCGAGACUUGGGCAUUGAGCCGCAGCGCAAACGAUAUCGGAUGCGUGAGCGGAAUGGCGGAGCUCUGCCAAUGGAGCAGACAGGCUGGUGGGAUGGGGUCAAGAACUGGUUCAGGGAGUAUUUCGAGCCGUACAUUGCGCCCGAUUUCAAGGGUGCCGUGGAAGAGUUCCUGAGGAAUAGAGAGACAGCGCUGCGGGAGAAGGAGAACUAGAACGAGAUAGACCUGCGCUCAUCAGGCUGGGAUUUCGCAGUCGGUACCGUAGGUGAGACGGCACACCACGGGCAACACCUUUUGUUCUGCGAGAAGCUGAAUGGAU